CUGCAUUCUCACACUUGGUUUCACUAUGCGCUCGUAAAACGGCUCCGUCUACUACAAACGCAACGGUGCAGGUGCUCUGUCUCGUCGGGAGAGGAUGCGGAUGGAAGGACGGGGGAGGGAAGGGAUGAAGGGAAACGCCACGAGGGAAGAAUAUAGGAUAUGAAGAAGGGCUUUUGUUGAGACCGUGAGGUGCAAGGUCGAAUAUGAGAGAUUGGUUGAACGGGGCACUUUGUGUGGUAAUAGCUGGUCGGCAAUAGUACUAUGAUUUGGUAUGUGGCCACUCUGAUAGCAAGUGUAUUCAGCACCAGAGGAACGGCCGCUCAAGGUGCCCACGGCGUUAGAGAGGAGCCCCGCUUUGUGACGGCACGCGCCGGAGAGAGCGUGAUCCUGGGGUGUGACGUGUCCCCUCCCCUGGAUGGCCAGCAGCCGCCUUAUGUGGUGGAAUGGUUCAAGUUUGGAGUCCCUAUUCCCUUCUUCAUCUACUUCCGCUUCUACCCUCCUCAUGUGGACCCAGAGUACACUGGUAGAGCCUCUCUGCAUGGGAAGGCUUCCCUGCAGAUCGACCCAGUACGCUCAGAGGACCAGGGCUGGUAUGAGUGUAGGGUCCUAAUGCUGGAGCAACAGUACGACACCUUCCACAACGGCAGCUGGGUGCAUUUUACAGUCAAUGCACCGCCUUCAUUUACAUCAACACCACCCCAAUAUGUGGAGGCUAAAGAAGGGGGAAGCACUCUGCUAAGCUGCUCUGCCCAGGGAAAUCCAAAACCAAUGAUCAGCUGGUUGAGGGAAGGGGAGGAGCUUGCAACCAAUGCCAAAUACUCGGUACAUGAUGGCAGUUUGACUAUCCUUGCAAUCACCAGAGACGACAGAGGAGCGUACACUUGCAGAGCGUACAGUGACCAAGGAGAAGUGCUCCACACCACCCGCCUGCUAGUUCAAGGACCUCCAUACAUUGUUUCGCCACCUGAAAAUGUCACCGUAAACAUAUCCCAGAAUGCACUCUUCACCUGCCAAGCAGAGGCGUAUCCCGGCAACCUGACCUACACCUGGUUUUGGGAAGAGGAUAACGUCUACUUCAAGAAUGAUCUGAAGCUGCGGGUGCGCAUCCUCAUCGAUGGCACCCUUAUCAUCUUCCGGGUCAAGCCGGAGGAUGCCGGGAAAUACACCUGCAGUCCGAGCAACAGCCUCGGUAUCUCGCCCUCAGCAUCAGCCUACCUGACUGUUCAGUAUCCCGCUCGAGUGAUCAACAUGCCGCCGGUCAUCUACGUUCCACGGAAACUGCCAGGCAUCAUACGCUGCCCAGUGGACGCCAACCCGCCUGUGACAUCAGUAAAGUGGGAAAAGGAUGGCUACUCACUCAGAGUAGAGAAGUACCCUGGUUGGAGCCUGUUACCUGAUGGAAGUAUCCGGGUGGCAGAGGCCACGGAAGACUCCCUGGGCACCUACACCUGUGUGCCUUAUAACGCCCUGGGUACCAUGGGCAUGUCCCCCCCUGCCACUUUGGUGCUAAAGGAUCCCCCUUACUUUAAUGUGAGGCCUGGGGGGGAGUACCGUCAGGAGGCUGGGAGAGAACUAGUAAUCCCUUGUGCUGCUUCUGGAGACCCUGAUAUACCAACCAUUACUUGGAGAAAGGUGGGGAAGCCAAGCAGGAGUAAGCACAACAUCCUACCCAGCGGCAGCUUACAGUUUUUGUCCCUUAGCAAGGAAGACCAUGGGGAAUGGGAGUGUGUAGCCACCAACGUGGUCACAAGCAUCACUGCCAGCACUCGUAUCCUAGUCAUCGGCACCAGCCCACACGCUCCUGUCAGUAUCCAUGUAUUGCCCUCGACAACCUCUGCUAAUGUCUCCUGGGAGCCUGGUUAUGAUGGCGGCUUCGAGCAGACAUUCUCUGUGUGGUACGGUCCAGUGUCAAAGAGAAUAGACUUUGGUCCUCAUGACUGGCAUUCAAUGCCAGUUUCUGGUGCUCAGAUCUGGUUGGUGGUGUCAGGGUUGGAGCCUGGGACGGAGUACCAGUUCAGUGUGCUGGCACAAAACAAACUGGGUACAGGCCCAUUCAGUGAAGUUGUGACAGUCACCACUGCAGGCUCUCCUCUGGGUACCCCAGAACCACUGGUGCUUCUUACUCCACCAAGGUGCCUCACAGCCAAUCGCACGCAGCAUGGUGUCCUCCUCACGUGGCUCCCUCCAGCCAACCACUCCUCACCCAUCGACCGAUAUAUCGUGGAGUUCCGCCUCGGGGAGAAGUGGGAGGUUCUGGAUGACUUGAUCCCUUCCACGGAGACUGAGCUCAUUGCCAGAGAUCUUGUUCAGGAAUCCUGGUAUGAGUUUCGAGUGAUGGCAGUAAUGGAUGACCUCAUCAGUGAGAGCAGCAAUGUAGUAGGAGUUUCUAGUACUGCAGAUCCAUUCCCCGGUGCAGAGUUGCCUGAAGAGGGGCUGGCGCGGCCUGUGGUGGCAGGCGUUGUGGCAACCAUAUGUUUUCUGGCAGCAGCAGUACUGUUCAGCACUCUAGCAGCUUGCUUUGUGAAUAAGCAACACAGACGAAAACUCAAGCGUAAACCCGAUCCUCCCUUGUCGGUGACACACUUCAGGAAAAGCAUUGAGUCGCCGCCUCCUCUCACCCCCUUGCCAGGGGUAGAGCCCUGCUGGGACGAGCCUGCCAGCAGCAGUUUCUUGCCCCCGCCGGCCAGCCCCUUGUUAUCAUCAGGGAAGAUCAGUCCAGAGAGCUCCCCUCCAUCUCGACCACGCUCGAUUUCAUCGGAGGGUUCCCAUGGUCCAGGCCUCUACGUCAGAAAGCUGCCCAGUCCUCAAAGAGAAAAGGACAAAGAGCUCUCUUUCUACAAGAAAACCAAGCGUGCCAUAGCUAGCAAGAAAUACAGUGUGUCCAAACAUGAGGCUGAAGUCACCACACCUAUAGAGCUGAUAAGCCGUGGUCCUGACGGUCGCUUCGUCAUGGAGACCAGUCCGCCUGCCCGCCGCAUCCAGGGCUUCCCAUUCGCAGAGGAAUCAGAUAUGUACCCUGAGUUCCGGCAGUCCGAUGAGGAGAAUGAUUUUGACCCUGGGCCUCUGCCGCCCAUCAUGCCCACGCUACGUCCUCAGCUCUCCCCAACGUCCUCCAGUCUGGAGUCAACGCAGCCCCCAACCUACAGCCCCCGCCUGCACAGGCCCAUGGAAGGUAUGAGCUUUGCAGAGGGCAGUGCACUUCACCCCUCAGGGCAGGCCCCAACCUCCCACUAUAGGGGCUUUCCCCAGGGCCCGUUUUAUGGGUAUCUAGGCAGCCGUGCUGAAUCAGGGAUUCCACCACCAUUCUAUAUGCCUGACAUCAGCCCGCGUAGCUCUGCUCUGUCCUCGCCCCCAGGUACAGCUGAGGGGCCCUUUGGUUACCCCUCCAUUCCUGAGGAGAGUGGAGAGCUGGAGCACCCUCAGUACACUGCCUCUGGCCAUUCUCUGUCACACACACACAGCCCUCCUCCCCGCUCACCUGAAAGCUGGCAGCCUCAUGAGCUACCCUUUCUGGGUCUAGAGGCCCCACGGUUCAGAUAUCCACCUCACCAUCCUUUACACCACCCCCAGGACCUUCCUGACCCACCCCCGUAUCCUCCUCACUCUUUCCCCCCAAGUCGCCUUCACCUCCCUCAUUUAAAAGAUCCAAUGAGCCCUGGACUCCUGCAACUGGAGGUACCUAUGGCUCCUUCAGGCAGAGACAGGCCCCCAGGGCCUCCGGUUAGGCGUUUAGCUAUGCAACAGGCCCAGAGUCUCGGCCAUCUCAGACACACGGCCCACGGUGUGGGUAUACCAGUGUUGCCUUACCCUGACCCGGCAGCCCGUGCAGGGAGCCCAAGCACAGCCCCCAGUAGUAGCCCUCAGUCCUGGCUCAGCCCGAGGGCAGGGCGCCGGGCAGACCCCAGCCUCCCCCCGUUAGUACUCCAACCCUCCCGUCUGUCUCCACUCUCCCAAAGCCCCCUUAGUACCCAGCCAGGUUCCCCAGAUAUUUUAGUGCGGCCCCCCCCACGCCCAAGCAUCCUCCGCACCUCUCGGUCUCUGGAGAUGCCUGAGAUCACCCUACAGCCCUCAGCCACUGUCAGUUUCUCCCGGAGGUCGUCCUUGUCUGCCUCACCCACUCAGAGUCAGGGUGCCAAGCAGCCCACCCCCAGUUACCAUGCCCACAUGUCCUAUGCCUCCACUGCAGCCAGUUACCCCUCCCAGUCUCCCUCUCCUCCUCCAGAGGGCAGGGAUGUUUUCGGGCAGAGGCCAUCCCAGAGGAGGACAGAGGAGGAGAUGCUACCCUCAGAGCCCUCCCAGCUCCAGAUAUCAGCCUCAGGGGAACCUCUAGGUGCGUCUAGGGAUACUGCCGGGUCUGAGAGCUUACCAGCACUGCUACACCAUUGCAUUACUAAAGCCAAGGGAGUGGCUGCCAACAACAACAACAAUGCAACAUCCGCCAGAGCAGGUGUACCUCACUCUCAGACCCAGCAGCAAUCUCAGACACCCCGAGGGGGAAGGGAACACAGCUUCCACACCAAGAGGAAAAAGCAAAACAAGAAACACCCUUACAGCUACUUGACUUCCUUACUUCACCGCAGGCAGUCCGAGGAGGACCAGACAGGCAUUCUGGCCGGCGCAGACUCUGAGGGCCCAAAUUAUGGGACUCUCCGCUGACCCGGUCCCCCACCAAGCCAUUGGACUCGACUAAACCGGCUCCUCCUGACAACCCCACCUCAGCCCUCUCUGCUCCGGCACAGUGACAAGCAAAUAUGUUUCUUAUUAUCUCCUAAAGCUGACCUGUGUUUUUGGGUGGCGCUGAACUCUUCUGGGCUGGAUAUCUCAAAACAAGAACAAUGGCUUUUGGAAGUUUUCGCUGCUCCUCCUCUCUACGGAUUUUCACUUGAAGAUGCUCUGAAAAUAUAUACUGUAAAUAAGUAGUAAAACAAGGGAAUUAAGCUUCCUCUUACAGUAAUAAAAUGUGUUGGUCAAGUAUGUCACAACACAUGAAAGAUUUUUCACUCACUGAUCAUUGAGGUCCAUAUCUUUAGGUUUUUCAGUGAUACAGCGUACUGUUAAGCCUGGUGCGUCCUCGUGCAGGGACAGGCGUGUAUCUUUCCUACAAUACAACUAGCGUCAAUAUUUAAACACAGGGUUCUUACCACAAAAUAUACCUCAGAGUAAACGCAGAGUUGCUGUAAUUCUUGUGGUAUACUGUGCAUAUUUGACCUUUUGACAUAUGAAAAGUAUAAAAAAAAAGGUUUAUAUCACCAACCACUCAUCAAAUUUAAAAAAAAACUAUAAUACCAUGGCCUAACUUUAUCUAAUUUACAUGCAUUUAAUUAUUAGUAUCAGUAAGUAAAUUCUGUUUAUUUUGAUUUGUGAUCCAAUGCCAACAACUGACUUCAGUACUUGAUGCCUCAGUGUGUCGUUGCAGCAUGACAUUAAAGUGGGACUUCAAUGCUCAGCAAAAAGAGCAACAAUUGUAAGUUUUGUGUAUUUCAUCACCUAGAAAUGAUUUGAAAAAUGCGGCACAUCUUCAGGUGCCUUUUUUCUUUUCUGUUUGCCUUUGCUAUUUUUCCAUUUUUUUCUAACAUAAACUGCCUUUCUUUUUCUUUGCCUUCUCAUCUGUGUCUCUCUGAGGGACUUUUAAUGCAAUGACUGGUUUUACUCCAUUUGCCAAGGACACAUGGAGGGAAAUACUACAGGAGAUGCACAGCUCUCGUUUUGUUCUUUUCUUUUCUUUUAAGACUACUUUAACUGUCAGACAUAAAUGGAAAUGUGAAAAAAACAGAUGAUAAGAUUAGACAAAGGCAAGAACUGUACAUAAAAAUAACAACAGUAAACCCAGCGGUACCGUGAGGACAUUAAUGUUUUACAGUAGCUGUUAAAGGAGAAUGUGACUAUUCUAUGAAGCUGUUAACAAGCAAUGGGAAAAUAUUCAGACACAUGGCCACCCUGACUGUUUAUUAUUAACUGUAUAUUACUUGCUAGCUAAUUCUCUGUAUGUUUGUUAAUUUUUCAACACUAACCGAUAAUGAAUGUAUGCUUUGCUGUACAGGAGAUGAAUGUCCCGAUAUCACAGUGCAUUGAAUGAUUCAUUGUAUUGCUUACAGCUGUGGUCAGUGAGAUGAUCCUUCGGCUUAUUUGGCCCAAAUUCCCGUUAGCGCUCACCCACACAGGUUCUGAGCCAAGUUCCCUUUGCUGGAUCAAUAAUAGAUUUUGCUGUUUUUGCUUAAGCUAAAUCUGUUGCUCAUCAAAUCAUCAAAUCAGAGUUUGUUUUUUUACUUGCACUUAAAAUCCACAAGAAUGACCAGAGAGAAAGUGGGGAUUGCCUGAGCGUCAAAGUGCACAUUCUACUUUAACAAAUUGGUUAGACGUGGGGAAAACAACAACAACAACAUAAAAAUAAUCUAUAUUUGUUAUGUACUGUACAUGCUGUGUAUUGUAUUUGUAAAGAGAAAUCCUACCCAGUUUUUGCAGGAGGACCCUGCUUUGCGGCUGUGUAAAAAUACGGGAAGGAUCCCAAGUUAAAAGAAAUUAGAUUCUAUAUCAAAGUAUUUGCUUACAGUACGGCUUUAAGUGAAUAAUGUUUAUAAAACAUUUUGAGGUGCCUAAUUUGUCAUACUUUAGCAGACGUAAUUUUAUCUGAGAAGAAAAGAAAUACUUAAUGUUAGUACCGUACAGUGUAUUAUUGCCAUAGCCUGCUGGCUGCACAAGUUGAUUAGUAUUUUCUCUGAUGUAUAGUAUGUGGAUGCCCACUGGGGAAAGCUUUAGAAGCAGAAAUGUGUUGCCCUCUAUUAUAUUUCUGGAACAAAGUAAUACUGUAUUUUGCCCGUUCAUGAGCACACAUGUAGGUUCACUUCAGAUCUCUUCGCCUUCACGUGUCCAAAGCAAAUAAAACUAAAGUUAUCAUAAUUUUUUUUUUUACUUUUCAGUUUGAAAAACGGACAUGCUGUAGUCAUGUACAAAACGUGCUGUGGAGGAAGUCGUGUUUACAUUAGUUUGAUGAAGACAAGUGUGUUAGGGCAUAGUUGCUUUGACCAUUACAACUUGGUGCUAUGUUUAACUUUGUGGUGCUGUAGAAUAGAAGUCUAAAGAUUUUCCUUUCUGUUUCCACAAGCGACUUUUCUCAGCCCUGUGGGUCUGAGCAGCUACUGUAAACUAGUUUGGGUAGACACUAUUCGUCUUUAUCAUAACAGUGUGACAACAAGUGAUAGACAAUACUGGAAAGUAGAUGUAUAACCUCAAAUAGACUUGUGACAUUCAACUGAACUCACAAAGGCCUGUUUUCUAUGGUGUGUUUGCAAUGUUUGUCUGUGCUUCCAAGGUACCCUCUCUAAAGUAUAUUUGUGAGAAUAAUGAGAUUAUUUACCCAGCCUAAAAGGAGAAGCAUAGCCUGACUUCGAUUAGUGCUCACCACAUGACAUGUGGGAGGGGGAACUGAGAUCUUUUUUGUACAUGCGAGGUCUUUGGUUAACAUCUCUGAUUUUCAAGCACACGACUCAUACCGGGGGGGGCGUAGUAGCCUCAUAUCAUCCCGCCACCUCUUUCAAGGAAUAAUUCCUGUUAGUAGUGUCCAGUGUAGCCAUGAGCUGUCCACAAUUGACUUUACACUCCUGGCAGGAAGGUUUUAGGAACUUCAUGCAUCCUCCCCACAUGUUUUAUUUAAUUCUUUUUGAAAAAAGGAUGUAGUCUUCCGGGCGUUUGGUUUUCUCACUCACUCAACAAAAACAUGUACAGCAUUUAAGAGGGCUGCUUUGGAUGUACUCUUAGCAAUUGGUUUUCUUCUUUUGUUGUUUUCUUCUGUUUGUUUGUUUGUUUUCUUAUUGCCUUUAGUGCAUCACUAGUUGCUGAUAGGAUGAUACUGAUAGAUUUGAUUUCUUAUUGUAUUAAACUUGCAUGUAGAGACAAUACAGAAACGCCUAUUAAGCAAUCAAUCGUGGACAUCCAAGCUGGUUGUUGCUGGACGGAAACUAAAAGUAUGUAGUAUUUUCUGUAUUCUCUGUUUUUCCAUGUGUAUCAGCACUGAGAAAUUAGAAUGUAUAGUUAUUGUAGGCUACAAUAAGCGCUACAUCGUUGACUGUUUUAGCUAAAAUGCUCAUACUCAAACAAACCAAGUAGUGCUUGAAGAAAGAAAAUUGACAUUUCAUUUAACUUCCAUUCACUUAUGUCUGUGCUGUACAUCACAUGUUUACAUUCUGUAUAUGAUUUUUAUGUCAGCUUACCACAAUGUUUAUAUGUAAAUACCUGGGAGAUUUUCUUUUCCUGUUUUUUAAAAACUUUUUUUUAAAUGAUCACCCAAUGGUUUUGUCUUCUAUUUUCUUUUUUAGAAGUGUCAUUCUUUUCUGUCACUACAUAAGGUUAUUUAAGCUUCACUCAACGUUUUGUGAGCAAUUAACUCAUACUGUAUGGUGCUGCACCAAAGCCUUAUGUACAAUAUUUGUAUUACGUUUUCUCUUGUUCGCUCUGCUGUCAAGUGAACUCAUGUCUUACACACACUCCUCAUGCUCAACUGCCAUGGAUCGCUCUUAUUUUCUUUGACCCUCUGGUCUGAUACCACGCCGGCCUGGAUGUACAGCAACAGUCGCCAUCACAAAAGCCUUUGUAGGGAAAAUGCACAGGCUCUCUCCUGGUGGCCCACGUGACGUAGACAUGGGCCUAGCACAUGAUCUAUGCUCUUAUCUCUGGCACGUCUGUGGAAACAUGAAAACAGUGUUGUACUCAUGUCACCAUAUCAUUUCAAGAACUUAGUCCCAUAUGAAAAUUUCCUCUCGAAUUUUUGUAUUUUGAUAUAAUAAAAAAUCUAAAGAGUU